AUGCACUCGGCGACUUUACUCGUACUGAUCGAUUGCAUGGACAUCGAUAAGACGUUGGGACCGUCGCCUACUCUCGAUGUUACGCCAGAUAUGGAACCUACGUGCGAGUUUUUGGAGAUGCCGUCGACGAAAGACGACAUGUCGAAGUGCGAUCGCAGUGCUGGAAGCAGUGCGACCAGUUUGGACUGCAGAUACUACGGGCUUUUCAAUAUUGAUGCCAUGGAGAAUAAGAGUGAUUACGAAUGGGACAACUUGAUCGACAAAGCCAUCUGGCGAGGGAGCGAUUACGUAUUCCUUUCUGGUCAUUGGCCAAAUUCGAAGCCGGAAGGGGAGAGUUUCUUCAACGAAAUCGCCUCUUCGGCAAACAGGGAAGGCAAAAUGAAAAAAUUGAUCGCCGGCAAUAGAAUCGGACCGCGAAUGAAAGCGGUGCUCAUGAGUAAGUUAAACUCAUCGCUCAUCGAUGCCAAAUUUUUCAACUGGGGGGGGGGUCACGCUGCCGGUCCGCUUCAUUUGGACACGAGGGAGCACAUCGAAGAAGAUACGUUUGGCAAGUAUCGCUAUCAGUUAGAUCUUGGCGGCGGCGGUGGGACGACGUGGAGUGGAGUCAUCCCCAAGCUUGCCAUGCCCGGGGUCCUCUUUCAUCACGUCACGUCGAUGAAGGAUUCGUACUUUGAUCUGCUCAAGCCGUACGAACACUACUAUCCCUUGAAGGAGGACUUCAGUAACUUUGAAGAGCUCGUUCAAGAAGUGAGGGAUGACCCUGAAAAGGCCAAGCGAAUCUCAGCCGCCGCCACGGCGUGGGUAAAAGAAUUUCGCAAAGUGGGUAGCUUGCUGAAGCACAACUACGACACCCUCGCGGUGCCGCUAGCGCGCUCUCUCGAUCCGACGCGUCAGCUCGAGCCGAUUGCGUUUCACGUCGCGCAUCCGAACCUUUGA